GAAGAUUUCAAAUUCAAUCAUCAAUCAUCCCUUUUGAAUGAUCGAUCCUUGCUCCUGAAAUUUGUUGUUGAUCCUUUUGAAUUUGAGGCGGAGAUCUCGAAGAUGAAGCAGCUUCUGUGUUAUCUUCCAUGGCUGCUUCUUUCUCUUGUGGUUUCCCCUUUUAGCGAAGCUCGAUUCGUGGUGGAGAAGAAUAGUUUGUCGGUGACUUCGCCGGAGAGUAUAAAGGGGACACAUGAUAGUGCAAUUGGUAACUUUGGGAUUCCUCAGUACGGUGGAAGUAUGGCUGGUACGGUGGUUUAUCCUAAAGAGAAUCAGAAAUCGUGUAAGGAAUUUAGCGAUUUCUCGAUUUCGUUUAAGUCUCAGCCUGGUGCUUUACCUACUUUCCUCUUGGUUGAUCGUGGAGAUUGUUUCUUCGCUUUGAAGGUCUGGAAUGCACAGAAAGCUGGUGCUUCUGCGGUUCUUGUGGCUGAUAAUGUUGAUGAGCCUUUGAUUACAAUGGAUACACCUGAAGAGGAUGUUUCUUCUGCAAAGUAUAUUGAGAAUAUUACUAUACCUUCUGCUCUUGUUACUAAAGGUUUUGGUGAAAAGCUGAAGAAAGCGAUUAGUGGAGGUGAUAUGGUUAACUUGAAUCUUGACUGGAGAGAGGCUGUUCCACACCCUGAUGACCGUGUUGAGUAUGAGUUGUGGACUAAUAGUAAUGAUGAAUGCGGGGUUAAGUGUGACAUGUUGAUGGAAUUUGUGAAAGAUUUUAAGGGUGCGGCGCAGAUUCUUGAGAAAGGAGGUUUCACGCAGUUUAGACCUCAUUACAUCACUUGGUAUUGCCCUCACGCUUUCACGUUGAGCCGACAGUGCAAGUCUCAAUGUAUCAACAAGGGAAGAUACUGUGCUCCUGAUCCAGAACAGGACUUCAGCUCAGGAUAUGAUGGAAAAGACGUGGUUGUGGAAAAUUUGAGACAGCUUUGUGUUUUCAAGGUGGCAAAUGAAACCGGCAAACCCUGGGUCUGGUGGGAUUAUGUCACUGAUUUCCAGAUCAGAUGUCCCAUGAAGGAGAAGAAAUAUAACAAAGAUUGUGCUGAGUCUGUUAUCAAAUCUCUUGGAAUCGAUAGUAGAAAGAUUGACAAGUGUAUGGGAGACCCCGAUGCUGACUUGGACAACCCUGUUCUAAAGGAAGAACAAGACGCUCAAGUUGGCAAGGGUACAAGGGGUGAUGUUACCAUAUUGCCUACCUUAGUUGUCAACAACAGACAGUACCGAGGCAAGUUGGAGAAGAGUGCAGUACUCAAGGCUCUAUGCUCUGGUUUUGAGGAGUCAACUGAACCAGCUAUAUGCCUCAGCACAGAUAUGGAGACAAAUGAGUGCUUAGAUAACAAUGGUGGUUGUUGGGAAGAUAAAUCAGCCAACAUAACUGCUUGCAAGGAUACGUUUCGUGGAAAAGUAUGUGUGUGUCCUAUAGUUGAUGGUGUGAGAUUCAAAGGGGAUGGUUACAGCCACUGUGAGCCAAGCGGGCCAGGGAGAUGUACAAUCAACAAUGGAGGUUGUUGGCAUGAAGAGAGAGAUGGACAUGCGUUCUCUGCUUGUGUGGACAAGGACAGUGUGAAAUGCGAGUGUCCUCCAGGAUUUAAAGGAGACGGUGUUAAGAAAUGUGAAGACAUUAAUGAGUGCAAAGAGAAGAAAGCCUGUCAGUGCCCGGAAUGUAGCUGUAAGAACACUUGGGGAAGUUACGAGUGUUCUUGUAGUGGGGACCUUCUCUACAUGAGAGACCAUGACGCUUGCAUCAGCAAGACGGGUUCACAAGUGAAAUCAGCGUGGGCGGCCGUUUGGCUUAUUAUGUUAUCAUUGGGACUUGCAGCUGCUGGUGCAUACCUCGUUUACAAAUAUAGAUUGAGGCAAUACAUGGACUCAGAGAUCAGAGCUAUAAUGGCACAGUACAUGCCACUGGACAGCCAACCCGAGGUCCCGAACCACGUGAAUGAUGAACGUGCCUGAGAAAGCGAAAUGGUCCAUCUAUUUAUUCCCCCGGAAAGGAAUCAAGGCGAAGCGUUCUUUUAAUUGAUGUGGCCCUUGAUGCCGGUGUUGUUUUUUUCGCAUCUGUAUCUCUGUAACUCUUUGUACCAAACAGUGUAUCCUAUGUUCUUGUCACUUGUGUGCAUGUGACUUCUGUAAUAGGGAAACUUCGAUGUAGCUUCGGAGUACUGGACAAGCUAGUCAAUAGAAUCAAAACAUCAAAGUUUU